CUAAAUUAAUCAUAAUAUCUGUCUGUCUGUCGCACCAAAUUGCUCUCUGUUAGGAAUUAGGGUUUUGGUCAAGGCGGCGUUGGGCGGUUUCCGAUCUCCCUGAUUGUUCUCUUGCCGUAGGUACCCCAUCUGCUCUGCUCUGUGCUUCACAGGCUUAAAGUUGAGGCGGAAGGAUGCCUCGUGACUUGGCACGGUCACAAUCACGAUCACCUUCUUAUAGGCGAAGGCGUUCGCCAUCUCCAGUGGGGCAUCGGUCUAGCAGGAGAAGCCGCAGAGACAGAAGCCGGUCUCCAUAUUCUUCGUAUUCUCAUAGCAGACGGAAAAGUCGUUCAAUUACCCCUAAGCGUCGAAGAAGUCGUUUCGUCCGUAAAAGUCGUUCUCCAAGACCAAGACGAUCGUUCUCGUCGUAAAGUCGUAAAAGUCGUAAAAGUCGUUCUCCAGUAUUGAGGCGUUAUAAGAGGCAAAGAAGUAGGAGCUCCUCCUUGUCUCCUAUUCGUAAAUCUUCUAGUUCAAGUCUUGGAUUGUUGGACCAGAAAAAUGCUACUGAGAAAUUGAGAAAGGAAGAAGAAGAAGAGAAGAAAAGGCGGCAACAAGAAGCAGAAUUGAAACUGCUAGAAGAAGAGACUUCAAGGAGGGUGGAAGAAGCAAUUCGUAGGAAAGUUGAGGAGAGCUUAAACUCCGAUGAGAUUAAAGUGGAAAUACAGAGGCAGUUGGAGGAAGGACGGAAGAAGCUUCUUACUGAAGUGGCAGCGCAACUUGAGAAAGAAAAGGAAGCAGCUCUGGUUGAGGCUAGGAAGGAGGAACAAGCUCGAAAAGAGAAAGAAGAGCUAGAAGGGAUGCUUGAAGAGAACCGGAGGAGAGUGGAAGAAGCUCAAAGAAGGGAGGCUUUGGAGCAGCAGCGGAGGGAGGAGGAGCGAUACAGGGAACUGGAAGAGCUCCAGAGACAGAAAGAAGAGGCGUUGCGAAGGAAGAAACAAGAGGAGGAGGAAGCACGGUUGAAUCAAAUGAAACUGUUGGGUAAGAACAAAUCCCGGCCAAAAUUGUCAUUUGCAUUCGGGUCCAAAUAGUUUAUUUUUUUUAUGGAACUCCGCUUGGUUCCUUUUGACUAUGGCCGUCCCUGGACUUGAUUGCUGCGCCUGUACUUGUAAUCUAAAAAUAUUUUUGGUCAAAACAGUUUUUGGUGUUACAAUGUUAUCAAUUCCCCAAUUGUCAAAAAGUAGCUGCAACCAGUUGCAAUGUUGUUUA